UUGGGCGGGACAUGGUUGCUGUACCGGAGCGACAGCCAGCCAGAUUGCACAUCUAAUGUUUGUUAGUUAUAACCAACCGGUUUAACAAUGUCCGUGGUGGUUGUGAACACGCGGGGCUGGGUUUUAGAUGCACGCGCACUAAUCGAUCAGGGGUAUUCGCGUUGCAUCAGACUGAGAGAUGAUAAUCAGAAAUUACACGUAAAGUGUCUUUUCAAAAGGCAUUGUUUUCAGAUUUUAAAGAGCCAUUACAGUGAGAGUGCUGCUGUGGAUGGAGGAAACGCCGAUGUGUUGCAGAAAGCAGACAAACCAUCAAAGAAAAGAAAACGAAAACACGUCGAACUCAACCAGGGGGAAAUCGAUUCACAGGCCUUCCAUGAGAAGAUCAGGUCUGUCGUCCUGGAGGGAACCAAGUCUUUGCUGGAUUCGGCCCGAUCCCUCGGAUAUCUGACCGGAGCGACAGACUCAGUGCAGGAGCCUCUCCCCUCUCAGGAGUGCAGCCUGGCGGCUCUCUGUGAAAUGGCUAAAGAGCUUCCUCUAGUGGACGAUGAGGAGCAGGAGUGGGUUCAGCCACUUGUUGCUGAAGACGGCUGUACCUCACAUGUGGACUUGUUCUCUCGGGUUACAGAGAACAGGGCGGACUGGGCUGCAGUGGUCACACUGAUGGGAGAAGAAUAUGUAAUACCACCACACACAGCCUUUCUGCUGUCUGAUUUCACAAGAACACAGCCCCUCGUCCACUAUGGAAGAAGGUUUGACCUGAUAGUUUUGGAUCCACCGUGGGAAAACAAGUCUGUGAAAAGGAGUCGCAGGUACAGUUCUUUGCCCUCAUCCCAACUCAAACGGCUCUCUAUGCCGCAGCUGGCCUCCCCGAACUGUUUAGUGGUCACCUGGGUCACAAACCGGCCGAGCCACCUACGCUUCGUCCGUGAUGAGCUGUAUCCUCACUGGGGAGUGGAAGUUUUGGCCGAAUGGUUCUGGGUCAAGGUGACCACAUCUGGACAGUUUGUGUUUCCUCUGGAUUCACAUCAUAAGAAGCCUUAUGAAGUGCUGGUGCUGGGUCGAUAUCGCUCCUCUGCUGAUAACUCCAAAAGCUCUGCAGAGACGUCAGAGGUUCCUGUGGAGGAUCAGCGUUUGAUUGUCAGCGUCCCGUCAGCUCUUCACUCCCAGAAGCCCUCACUCUCGGAGGUGUUGAAGCCCUACAUCAAACCAGAAGCCAAGUGCUUGGAGCUAUUUGCCCGAAAUCUUCAACCUGGAUGGACCAGCUGGGGCAAUGAAGUGCUCAAAUUUCAGCACACGAGCUAUUUCACUUUGACGCCAGCAGAUGACGGAGCAGACAUCCCUAAAGACGAGGCUGCAGAUGACCUCGCAGACAAACCCACCGUCACCGCAGCGUCGAGCUCACCUGCAGAGUCCUCUCCUCCCCGUCACUGUCCCACCGCUGCGGACUCAUGACCAACCUUUGACAAGUGCCACAUCACUAUUUGUGUGUUUUCAAUAAAGAUUCAACACCAGAAUACUUCUGCACCAGUUUCUUUUGAUCUGUACAUCUCAUGCACCUUUGAUUUGAUUUGGGGGGGUCUAGGUACAUUUUUAAAUGAAUCACAGGGCUUAUGAUGCAUGUGGUGAGAUGAAAGUGCAUUUUUGUGUAGCUGUGUUUUUAACU